CAAUUUCGCGGAUUUGUACUCUCUUUACAACACAACAGUUCACAAAUUAAAAAUUGUACAAUAUGGCUGAAAACUUUUACGACGAGAUCGAAAUUGAAGAUAUGACCUACGAUGGGACCCUGCAAAUCUACCACUACCCAUGCCCGUGUGGCGAUAGGUUCGAAAUCGGCGUUGCGGAUUUACUGGACGGUGAAGAUAUCGGUGUCUGCCCCAGCUGCAGUCUGAUGAUUAAGGUGAUAUUUGAAGUGGACGAUCUUCCUCAACCCCCACCUAGUCCUAGCCAAGCUGCCCCUCCAGUGCCGGUUUGAACAUCAAAUGAAAGAGAAAUGAAACCAGAACCAAUAUUGAGCGUUGCUCAACGGCAAAUCGAAUGAGAUAUUCUCCAGGGUAUGGGCUGUCCAAAUAACAAGAGCCGCAACGAGGCCAGGUCCGAGGAGUCUAGCUGUUAGGCCAACAUAAAGCGCCCCGACAGGCUGGAUUCUGAAGGUCUACACCAGGAAGGCAGUCCAAAAACAGGACGGUCUCCUGUGAGGGAAGUAAGUCAGCAUGGGACGGAUAGACUUCCGAUAUAGUUUCUGAAGACGGUACUCGUGCCGCCCCAAAGUCCGAAGAGGGGCUGUAUCUAGCUGAGGAUUGAUACUACCAAGCCAAUAGGAUUUAUCGCCUUUGCUCUAAUUCAGUAAUUGGGAGUCUCUAUUUCAAUGACAGUUGCUGUAGUCACUACUAUCAUGCAUAGUCCCUCCGCGGACUUCGGGUAUGGCUGGUGGGAGAGAUGAUGGCGUGGACUAGCUGGAUGCCUGAUAGCUGUUGGCCUCAGGAGUACGCUACAGUUGCAAAAGAAGUAAUUUAGACAGAGCCUUUGGUUAAAGCCACCAU